AUGAUAGCGAUAAGAAGAUUGAGGCAAGUACCUCGCUUGAGAGUAUCUCAAGCGUUGACUCGUAGACAGUACAGCACCACCAAACCCGGAAGCGCAUCUUCUUUGAAAAAAUAUGGUAUCUACGGGGUUGGGCUUCUUUCUGGUGUAGUUGGAACAGAGCUUUAUAGUAGAAAUGCUGCCGCUGGAAAGGUUGAAGCAAUCGAUGCUUCCACUACUCCGCUUCAAACUUUGGACACGCCGGAGUAUGCUAAUGAAGAGGACUACAGAACAGCUCUUAGGUUGAUCGCAGAAAUUGUAGGAUCAGAUCGGAUAAACACCGAUGAAGUUAGCAUCGACAGCCAUGCAGACUCGUUCUUUUCCACGCACCAUCCACCAAACCCUACUCUUCAGAAGCCGGGUGUGAUUGUAUUGCCAGAAAAUACACAGGAGGUAUCGGAGAUUUUGAAAAUUGCCCACAAGUAUAGAGUUCCAGUCGUUCCAAGCUCAGGCUUAACAUCGUUGGAGGGCCAUUACAUGCAUACUAGGGGCCCAAGGACUAUUUCCCUAUCAUUUACACAAAUGGACCAGGUUUUGGCUCUUCAUCCGAAUGAUUUGGACGUAGUGGUACAGCCUGGUGUGGGAUGGCAAGAGUUGGAUUCUUACUUGCUAAACGACCCCGAAGGUAAGUAUUUAAUGUUUGGUCCAGACCCAGGUCCUGGCGCUCAAAUUGGUGGUAUGGUAGCUUCGUCCUGUAGUGGUACCAAUGCUUACAAGUACGGUACCAUGAAGGAAAAUGUCAUCAACUUGACUGUAGUUUUGGCCGAUGGUACUAUUAUCAAGACCAAGCAAAGACCACGUAAAUCCAGUGCAGGCUACGAUACUACAAGAAUAUUUAUUGGGUCGGAAGGAACUUUGGGGGUCAUCACCGAGGCCACAUUGAAACUUCACGUUCGCCCUAAAUUAGAGUUAGUUAGUAUUGCAAGCUUCCCAACAAUCGCAGAUGCAGCAGCUACCGCUCAGUACAUCAUUUCCAAGAGCGGAUUGCAGCCCAAUGCAAUUGAAAUCUUGGACUCAACUAUGGUUUCCUUUGUGAAUCUGGCGCAGGGGGAAAACCAGAAGAAAUUUCUUGAACAGCCUACAUUAUUUUUCAAGCUCGGGGGACCAACCAAAGAAAGUAUUACUGAACAGGUGAACCUUGUCAAGGAAGUAUCCAAGAAGAACAACUUAAUUAAGUUUGAGUCUUCUUCAAAUGCCGAAGAAAAUGCAGUUUUAUGGGCCGCUCGUAGAAACGGAUUAUGGUCCACUAUUGACUACGGUAGCCAGAUAUUAGAAGAUAAGGAAGACGUUCAAGUGUGGACAACCGAUGUUGCGGUUCCAAUCUCUAACUUGACAGAAAUGAUUAGAGAUACCAACAACGACUUGGUUGAACUGGGAUUCAAUAAGAAAUUUUCUGUAAUGGGUCAUAUUGGAGACGGUAAUUGCCAUUUCCUUUUAUUGUACAACUCCAAAGAUUAUGCCAAAGCACAAGUACUCGUUGAUAGAAUGGUACAUAGGGCCUUGAAGUUGGAAGGUACAUGCACCGGUGAGCACGGUGUAGGCAUCGGUAAGAGAAGAUACUUGGAAGAGGAGCUUGGUGUUACUACAAUUGAUUUUAUGCGUCAAUUGAAGCUAGCCAUUGAUCCAAGACGUAUUUUGAAUCCUGACAAGGUUAUCAAAAUUGAUAGGAAUGAUUCAUUGGACGAAGAAAUGGACGCUGGACAUAUCAUUGAAGCCAAGCCAUGCUGCCAUUAA